AUGCUGCUGGAAACAGACCUCAUGGUGGACAACACCACCAGCGAGCCCCGGGACAUCCUCAUGACGGAGCGCACCGCCCUCUCGUGGGUGAAGUUCAGCAUCACGCUGGCGGCGAUCGCCAUCACGAUCGUGACCAACUUCCGUCUCGACACCUCGGGCGACGGCGGCGACGGCGACCGCCGGCCGCCGCCGUGGGUGCCCCGCUUCAGCUACGGCGUGUCCAUCCUCUUCAUUCUGCUCAGCAUGGCGACGCUCUUUGUCGGCUGUCUCUCGUACUUCCAGAGCAUCUACAACUACAAGGCGCACCGCGUGAACACCUACUCGCUCAAGACGACGUUGGGCUUUCUCUUCGUCGUGGGGCUCGUCUUGCUUGCGGUGAACGUCGUGUUCGUCGUCGCCGUCGACGCAUGA